AAGAGGACACCGCCACCCGCAGCCUCCCGGAGCUCAUUGCAGCCGGGACGCCGAACAACCCUGCAGCGCGGAGCGCGGACGGUGGCAGAUGUGAGCCGCCCCGGGCCCGGGAGCAGGAAAGGAACCAUGGCCCCAGGCUGCCCGCGCCUCUGGGUCCUGGCGGUCCUGGGCGCCAGCUGCGCAGGCUGGGGGAGCUGGGGGGCCGAAGCGGCGCGGCUAAGGCAGUUCUACGUGGCUGCUCAGGGCAUCAGCUGGAACUACCGCCCUGAGCCCACCAAUCUGAGUUCGAAUCCUUCCUUUAAGAAAAUUGUCUACAGAGAGUACGAACCAUAUUUUCAGAAAGAAAAACCACGAUCCAAAACUUCAGGACUUCUUGGGCCUACUUUAUAUGCUGAAGUUGGAGACAUGGUGAAAGUUCACUUUAAGAAUAAGGCAGACAAGCCUGUAAGCAUCCAUCCUCAAGGAAUUAAAUACAGUAAAUCCUCAGAAGGUGCUUCUUACUCUGACCAUACAUUCCCUGUAGAGAAGAUGGAUGAUGCCAUAGCUCCAGGCCAGGAAUAUACCUAUGAGUGGAAGAUCAGUGAGGACAGCGGGCCCACACACAAUGACCCACCAUGCCUUACACACAUCUAUUAUUCCUAUGAAAAUUUGAUACAGGACUUCAACUCUGGGCUAAUUGGACCUCUGCUUAUUUGUAAGAAAGGCACCCUUACUGAGGAUGGGAUGCAGAAGAUGUUUGACAAACAACAUGUGCUGAUGUUUGCUGUGUUUGAUGAAAGCAAGAGCGGGAGCCAGUCAUCAUCUUUAAUGUACACAGUCAAUGGCUAUGUGAACGGGACGAUGCCAGAUAUCACAGUUUGUGCCCAUGACCACAUUAGCUGGCAUCUGAUCGGAAUGAGCUCUGGGCCAGAAUUGUUCUCCAUUCAUUUCAAUGGCCAGGUCUUGGAGCAGAAUCAUCAUAAGAUCUCAGCUAUUACCCUAGUCAGUGCUACAUCCACUACUGCAAACAUGACUAUGAGCCCACAGGGAAAGUGGAUCAUAUCUUCUCUCAUCCCAAAACAUUUUCAAGCUGGGAUGCAGGCUUACAUAGACAUUAAAAACUGUGCAAAGAAAACCAGGAAUCCUAAGAAACUAACUCGUGAUCAGAGGCGGCACAUGAAGAGGUGGGAAUACUUCAUUGCUGCAGAGGAAGUCAUUUGGGACUAUGCACCAAUAAUACCAGCGAAUAUGGACAAAAAAUACAGAUCUCUGCAUUUGGAUAAUUUCUCAAACCAAAUUGGAAAACAUUAUAAGAAGGUUGUCUAUACACAGUACCAAGAUGAGUCUUUCACCAAACGUUUGGAGAAUACGAAUAUCAAAGAAGAUGGGAUCUUGGGCCCUAUUAUCAGAGCCCAGGUCAGAGACACACUCAAAAUCGUGUUCAAAAAUAUGGCCAGCCGCGUCUACAGCAUUUACCCUCAUGGAGUGACCUUCUCCCCUUAUGAAGAUGAUGUCAACUCUUCCUACACUUCAGACAAUUACACCAUGAUCAGAGCAGUUCAACCAGGGGAAACCUAUACUUAUAAGUGGAACAUCCUAGAGUCUGAUGAACCCACAGAAAAUGAUGCACAGUGCUUAACAAGACCAUACUACAGUAAUGUGGAUGUCACAAGGGACAUUGCCUCUGGGUUGAUCGGGCUACUUCUAAUUUGUAAGAGUAGAUCCCUGGAUAAGCGAGGCAUACAGAGGGCAGCAGACAUUGAGCAGCAGGCUGUGUUUGCUGUGUUUGAUGAGAACAAGAGCUGGUACAUUGAGGACAAUAUCAACAAGUUCUGUGAAAAUCCUGAGAAGGUGAAACGUGAUGACCCCAAGUUUUAUGAAUCAAACAUCAUGAGCACGAUCAAUGGCUAUGUGCCUGAGAGUAUACCCACACUCGGAUUCUGCUUUGAUGACACUGUCCAGUGGCACUUCUGCAGUGUAGGGACCCAGGAUGACAUUUUGACCAUUCACUUCACUGGGCACUCAUUCAUCUAUGGAAAGAGACAUGAGGACACCUUGACCCUCUUCCCCAUGUGUGGGGAAUCUGUGACUGUCACAAUGGAUAAUGUUGGUACUUGGAUGUUAACUACAAUGAAUUCCAAUUCAAGAAACAAAAACCUAAGGCUGAGAUUCAGGGAUGUUAAGUGUAUCCGGGAUGAUUAUGAAGACUCAUAUGAGAUUAUAUAUGAACCUCCAGCAUCUACAGUCAUGACUACACGGAAAAUGCGUGAUUCUUCAGAAAACAGGGGUGAAGAGGAUGAUGCUGACUAUGAUUACCAGAACAACCUGGCUUCAUGGUUAGGAAUUAGGUCAUUCAGAAAUUCAUCACUGAAUCAGAAGGAAGAUGAGUUUAAUCUUACUGCCCUAGCUCUGGAGAACAAUUCUGAAUUCAUUCCUCCUAGUACCAAUACAGCUGUUAAUUCAAAUUCCUCUUCCCUAAGUAACAUUAGCAGGCUUAUUGUCUAUAACUUUGCAAAGCCUCAAAAAACUCUUCCUCACCCAGCAGCCACCAUAGCUGGUCCCCCUCUGGGACACAUUGGCUUAGACAAGAACUCAGCUCUCAACCGUUCAAAAGCAGAGCAUUCCAGCCCUUAUUCUGAAGACUCUAUGGAGGAUCCUCUACAGUCAGAUAUCACAGGGAUAAGUCUACUUCCACUUGAUGCAGAAGGAUUCAGGAGUCAAGAACAUACUAAGCAUAAGGAAUCCAAGAAAGGAAGAGAGCACACAGCAAAGCAUAGGUUCUCCCAAGUGGGAUUUUCAGCACAUAAAACUGGGCGACAUUUAAGCCAAGGCAACUCUUCUCCUUCCAGAAUGGGACCCUGGGAAGACCUUCCCAAUGAUCUGUUACUCUUAAAACAAAAGAAUCCAUCCAAGAUUUUGAAUGGGAAAUGGCAUUUGGUGUCUGAGAAAGGUAGUUAUGAAAUAGUCCCAGAGGCUGAUGAAGACAUGGCUGUUGAUAAGCUGCUGGACAGCCCCCAGAAUGCCUCAAGGACUUGGGGAGAAAACAUCCCUCUCACAAACAAGCACAGAAAGAAGAAUGGCCACCCAAAAUUUUCUGGAAUUAGAAAGAAAUCUCUACAAGUAAAACAGGAUGGAGGAAACAGUGGAUUGAAGAAAAUCCAUUUUUUCAUUAAAACACGAAGAAAGAAAAAAGAGAGGCUUGCACACCAUAUUCCUCUAUCUCCAAGGGGCUUCCACCCUCUAAGAGGAAAGGCCAAUACCACAUUUUCAGAUAGGAGACUUGAUCAUUCAUUGUUACCCCAUAAAUCCAAUGAAACAUCUUUUCCCACAGACCUCAAUCAGACAUUCCUCUCUGUGAAUCUUAGCUUGUUAGACUCACUUCCUUACCAUAAUCACAAUCCCUCAAAUGACACCAGUCAGACAAGCUCCCUUUUAGAUCUUUAUCAGACAAUACCCCCAGAAGAAUAUUAUCAAACAUUCUCUAGUCAAGACUCUGGUCAAAUGCACUCCACUACAGACUCUAGCCACACAUCUCCUCCAGAGCUUGGCCAGAUGCUCGACUAUGACCUAAGAAACAAGCCAUUCCCUACUGACAUUGGUCAAAUGUUCCCUUCCUUGGAACCUGAAGCCUGGCAGGCAACCAUUUCUGCAGAUCUCAGUCAACCAAACCUUUCUCCUGAUCUCGACGAUACAACCCUUUCUCCAGACCUCAGCCAGACAACAUUUCCUCCAGACCUCGACCAGAUAACAUUUUCUCCAGAUCUCGAUCAGACAACCUUUUCUCCAGACCUUGACCAGACAACCUUUUCUCCAGACCUUGACCAGACAACCUUUUCUCCAGACCUGGACCAGAAAACCCUUUCCCCAGACCUUGGCCAGACAACCUUUUCUCCAGACCUUGACCAGACAACCUUUUCUCCAGACCUUGACCAGACAACCUUGUCUCCAGACCUUGACCAGAAAACCCUUUCCCCAGACCUUGGCCAGACAACCUUUUCUCCAGACCUCAGCCAGACAACCCUUUCCCCAGACCUCACCCAGACAACCUUUUCUCUAGACCUUGACCAGACAACCUUUUCUCUAGAUCUUGAUCAGAAAAGCUUUUCUCCAGACCUCAGCCAGACAUUUUCUCCAGACCUCGACCAGACAACCUUUUCUCCAGACCUUGACCAGACAACCUUUUCUCCAGACCUGGACCAGAAAACCCUUUCCCCAGACCUUGGCCAGACAACCUUUUCUCCAGACCUCAGCCAGACAACCUUUUCUCUAGAUCUUGACCAGACAAGCUUUUCUCCAGACCUCAGCCAGACAACCCUUUCCCCAGACCUCACCCAGACAACCUUUUCUCUAGACCUUGACCAGACAACCUUUUCUCUAGAUCUUGAUCAGAAAAGCUUUUCUCCAGACCUCAGCCAGACAUUUUCUCCAGACCUCGACCAGACAACCUUUUCUCCAGACCUUGACCAGACAACCUUUUCUCCAGACCUUGACCAGAAAACCCUUUCCCCAGACCUUGGCCAGACAACCUUUUCUCCAGACCUCAGCCAGACAACCUUUUCUCUAGAUCUUGACCAGACAAGCUUUUCUCCAGACCUCAGCCAGACAACCCUUUCCCCAGACCUCACCCAGACAACCUUUUCUCUAGACCUUGACCAGACAACCUUUUCUCUAGAUCUUGAUCAGAAAAGCUUUUCUCCAGACCUCAGCCAGACAUUUUCUCCAGACCUCGACCAGACAACCUUUUCUCCAGACCUUGACCAGACAACCUUUUCUCCAGACCUUGACCAGAAAACCCUUUCCUCAGACCUUGGCCAGACAACCUUUUCUCCAGACCUCAGCCAGACAACCUUUUCUCUAGACCUUGACCAGACAACCUUUUCUCUAGAUCUUGAUCAGAAAAGCUUUUCUCCAGACCUCAGCCAGACAACCUUUUCUCCAGACCUUGAUCAGACAACCUUUUCUCCAGACCUUGGGCAGAUAACCCUUUCCCCAGACCUUGGCCAGACAACCUUUUCUCCAGACCUCAGCCAGACAACUUCUUCUCCAGACCUUGACCAGACAACCCUUUCCCCAGACCUUGGCCAGACAACCCUUUCCCCAGACCUCACCCAGACAACCUUUUCUCUAGACCUUGACCAGACAACCUUUUCUCCAGACCUCAGCCAGACAACCCUUUCCUCAGACCUCAGCCAGGAGACUCUCUCAUCAGACAUCAGCCAGAUGACUCUUUCUCCAGACCUCAAUCAGAUGCUCCCUUCCCCAGACCUCAACCAGGCAACUCUCUCUCCAGACAUUAGCGAAACGGCCCUUCUUCCUGAUCUAGAGACAUCACCUCCUCAGACAUCCUACACCUCUGAAUCUAGUCAGUCAGUGCUUCUUCCAGAAUUUGGUCAGACUUUCCCUUAUCCAGACCUAGAUGAGGUGCCAUCUCUCCCACCAUCUCCUACCCUAAAGAACACUUUUAUGCCAAGAGAACUUAAUCCACCCAUUGUAGUAGGCCUCAGUGCAAAUGAUGGAGAUUAUAUUGAGAUUAUUCCAAGGCAGAAGGAAGAGAGCAGUGAAGAAUACAUUGCUGAAAUUGAUUACGUGGCCUAUGACAACCCUUACCAAACUGAUACUAGGACAGACAUUAACUCCUCCAGAAAUCCUGACAACAUUGCAGCAUGGUACCUCCGCAGCAACAAUGGAAACAGAAAACAUUAUUACAUUGCUGCUGAAGAAGUAUUCUGGGAUUAUUCAAAAUUUGCUCAAAGCGAAGACAUUGAUGAUGUUCCAGAAAAUACCAUAUACAAGAAAGUAGUCUUUCGAAAGUACCUUGAUAGCACUUUUACCAAACGUGAUCCUUUGGGGGAGUAUGAAGAGCAUCUCGGCAUUCUUGGUCCUAUUAUUAGAGCUGAAGUGGAUGAUGUCAUCCAAGUUCGUUUUAAAAAUUUAGCAUCCAGACCAUAUUCUCUUCAUGCCCAUGGGCUUUCCUACGAAAAAUCGUCAGAGGGAAAGACUUAUGAAGAUGACUCUCCUGAAUGGUUUAAGGAAGAUAAUGCUGUUCAGCCAAACAGCAGUUAUACAUAUGUAUGGCACGCCACCACUCGAUCUGGGCCGGAAAAUCCUGGUUCUGCCUGCCGGGCUUGGGCCUACUACUCAGCUGUGAACCCGGAAAAAGAUAUCCAUUCUGGCUUGAUAGGUCCCCUUCUGAUCUGUCAAAAAGGAGUACUUGAUAAGAGCAACACACCGGUGGAUAUGAGAGAAUUCAUCUUACUUUUCAUGGUCUUUGAUGAAAAGAAGAGCUGGUAUUAUGAAAAGAAGGCCCAGUCCCCAAGGCCUUGGAGACUUGCAUCCUCAGAAGUAAAAAACUCCCAUGAGUUUCAUGCCAUUAAUGGAAUGAUCUACAACUUGCCUGGCCUGAGAAUGUAUGAGCAAGAAUGGGUGAGGUUGCAUCUGCUGAACAUGGGCAGCUCCAGAGACAUUCAUGUGGUUCACUUCCAUGGCCAGACCUUGCUGGAAAAUGGCACUCAACAGCACCAGCUCGGGGUCUGGCCCCUGCUGCCUGGUUCAUUUAAAACUCUUGAAAUGAAGCCAUCAAAAUCUGGCUGGUGGCUCCUUGACACAGAGGUUGGAGAAAACCAGAGAGCAGGGAUGCAAACACCAUUUCUCAUCAUAGACAGAGAAUGUAAGAUGCCAAUGGGACUAAGUAAUGGUAUCAUAGCUGAUUCACAGAUCAAAGCUUCUAAGCAUUUGGGUUAUUGGGAGCCCAAAUUAGCAAGAUUAAACAAUGGUGGGUCAUAUAAUGCUUGGAUCACAGAAAAAUCUUCAGCAGACCUUGUUUCUAAACCUUGGAUCCAGGUAGACAUGCAGAGGGAAGUCGUAUUCACAGGGAUCCAGACUCAAGGUGCCAAACAGUAUCUGAAGUCCUACUACACCACAGAGUUCUCUGUGGCAUACAGCUCUGACCGGACAAACUGGCAGAUCUUCAAAGGGAACAGCACAAGGAAUGUGAUGUAUUUUGGUGGCAAUUCGGAUGCCUCUACAAUAAAAGAGAAUCAGUUUGACCCACCUAUUGUGGCUAGAUAUAUUAGGAUCUCUCCAAUUAGAUCCUAUAAUAGACCUGCCCUUCGAUUGGAGCUGCAAGGUUGUGAGGUUAACGGAUGCUCCACACCGCUGGGUAUGGAAAGUGGAAAGAUAGAAAACAAGCAAAUCACGGCUUCCUCGUUUAAAAAAUCUUGGUGGGGAGAUUACUGGGAACCCUUCCUUGCCCGUCUUAAUGCCCAGGGUCGUGUAAAUGCCUGGCAAGCCAAGGCAAACAACAACAAACAGUGGUUACAAAUUGAUCUGCUCAAAAUCAAGAAAAUAACUGCGAUUGUAACACAGGGUUGCAAGUCUCUGUCCUCUGAAAUAUAUGUGAAGAGCUAUACCAUCCACUACAGUGACCAGGGAAUGGAAUGGAAGCCUUACAGGCAGAAAUCCUCCAUGGUGGACAAGAUUUUCAAAGGAAAUAAUAAUAUCAAAGGACACGUGAAGAACUUUUUCAACCCACCAAUUAUCUCCAGGUUUAUCCGCAUCAUUCCUAAAACAUGGAACCAAAGUAUUGCGCUUCGCUUGGAACUCUUUGGCUGUGAUAUUUACUAGAAUUGAAUAUUCAAAGACAUAGGAAGGACUCUUAAAUAAGAUAUCAAGCCAUUUGGAGCGGGCAAUGUAUUUUAUAGCUAUUUUAAAUGUUAAUUUUCAGUAUUUCCUUUUUUUCUAUUAGAGAAUAAAAUUUUAUAUAUGAAA